CCCGGGGCAGUGAGUCCCUGGCUAGCUUGCUCCCGUAGCCGGCUACCCAGUGUAGUCUCGCCCUGCCCGACAGGCUUCAUGGCGGCUCAGCCAGUGUCCCGGAUGCUGCGGCGGGUCCUGAGGUCCAGCGUCCGGAGCUGCAGCUCGGGCGCUCCGGUGACGCAGCCACACCCCGGGGAGCCCUCCCAACCUGCCGUGGAGGUGCCGUCCGGACGGAGGCGGUUCCUGAUGGAGCAUGCAGCCCCCUUCUCUGCCUUCCUCACCGACAGCUUCGGCCGGCGCCACAGCUACCUGCGGAUCUCCCUCACCGAGAAGUGCAACCUCAGAUGUCAAUACUGCAUGCCCGAGGAGGGUGUCCCUCUGACCCCCAAGGCAGACCUGCUGACCACAGAGGAGAUCCUAACCCUGGCCCGCCUCUUUGUGAAAGAAGGCGUAGACAAGAUCCGACUCACGGGCGGGGAGCCGCUCAUUCGGCCGGACGUGGUGGACAUCGUGGCACAGCUCCACCAGCUGGAAGGGCUGAGGACCCUUGGCAUCACCACCAACGGCAUCAACCUAGCUCGGCUGCUGCCUCAGCUUCAGAAAGCUGGUCUCAGUACCAUCAACAUCAGCCUGGACACGCUGGUACCAGCCAAGUUUGAGUUCAUCGUCCGCAGGAAAGGCUUCCGCAAGGUCAUGGAGGGCAUCCACAAGGCCAUUGAGCUGGGCUACAGUCCUGUGAAGGUGAACUGUGUGGUGAUGCGAGGCCUGAAUGAGGACGAACUCCUGGACUUCGUGGCCUUGACCGAGGGCCUUCCCCUGGACGUGCGCUUCAUAGAGUACAUGCCCUUUGACGGCAACAAGUGGAACUUCAAGAAGAUGGUCAGCUACAAGGAGAUGCUGGACACCCUCAGGCAGCAGUGGCCGGAGCUGGAGAAGCUGACGGAGGAGGAAUCCAGCACAGCCAAGGCCUUUAAAAUCCCUGGCUUCCGAGGCCGAGUCAGCUUCAUCACGUCCAUGUCUGAGCAUUUCUGUGGGACCUGCAACCGCUUGCGAAUCACAGCUGACGGGAACCUCAAGGUCUGCCUCUUUGGGAGCUCAGAGGUAUCUCUACGGGAUCACCUGCGGGCGGGGGCCUCUGAGGAGGAGCUGCUGAGCAUCGUUGGGGCUGCCGUGGGCAGGAAGAAGCGGCAGCAUGCAGGGAGGGCAGGGUCCUGGCAUCCACAAACUGUUACGGGCUCCAUCAUGGGCGACCUUGCAGCGUACGGCGGGGGUUUUUUGUCGGGGUGCGGUAGGCAUGUUCAGUAUUUCCCAGAUGAAGAACCGGCCCAUGAUCCUCAUCGGUGGGUGACCCAUCAAGUUAUUUUUGAUGUGCCAAGAUUCCCCACCAGCCAUUCCAAGCAUCUCCUUCAGGGACUCCCUCCAUGUUCCGGGUCUGAGACACAGACAGGGACAUCGUGUUGGCGGAGAUCAAGCUCGUCAGCAAGACCGGGGGUCAGCGGGGGGACUUCCAUCGGACGUAGAGGUCCCGCCCCCUCUCACCCCUGGCCCAGCGAGGUCAAGAGAUGGGAUGCGAUUUCAGCCGAGGGAAAGACGUCAAGUUCCUUUCACCCCGUCACCAGUUACCUUCAACCGUUAAACCGAACUGUGCUUUUCUGUGGAUCCAACGUGUCUCGAACGUCUUCCGUAUUCCUUCUUCCCUGCUACUAUGGUCCCACCCCCAGAAAAGAUAGGCAGCUGAAGAGUGGGCCCAGCCCACCAGUCUGUCCGCUGGCAAUAACCCUGAGCUGGAGGAGGAGGUCAGAAGAAAAUUUGUGUAGAUACCAGCCAUCAUCCUGCCCCACAAGGACAGCUCCUGGUAGACAGAAUGAAGAGGUGGCAUGUAACUGCAGAGGGCAACUCUUGCCCUUGGAGCCCUCGGAACCGAUGCCCCAGGGCCAACCUCAGCCGGACGAACGCAGUUGGAAGUGUCCCCUGCAGGCUGGACAGAGCAGGCGGUCACUGUGCAGAUGUCAGAGGAGUACGGGGUCCGAGUAAUGUUCAGUGGUAACCUAGGCGCUCUGGGUGGAGCUGGCCAUUCAGGUGCUGCCCUCUGGAAGCCCUAGCCAACGUGUGAGGUCACUGUCUCGGUCAGGUUGUACAGGGUGGGGGUGGGGAAGGAGCGUUUCAUUCCAGGGUCCCUGUGCCCAGCGUACGAGGUGUGGUGAUGAAUGGGGUCUUCUUUCUUGAACCCCUUCCCUUACCAGAUCCAUCAAGUACCUAAUAGUGAGCCCUAGUCGUAGGAUCCCAAAGGUGAGUUUUCCGGGAUUCUGGAUUAGUAUAGGAUGGAGAUGGCACGAGGGAAGGGAGAGAGACUUCAGACAUGCAAGAGAGGGGCCAGAGGGCUCAUGAUGUAGGCACUGUCACCCUGUCCUCAUGACUUGGUCCCUGCAUCAUAUCCUCCUAGCAUCUUUUUUUUUUUUUUUCCUGGAACACAUCUAGCUAGCAUAUGUCAUGCCUCUUCCUUUCAAUAGGAAACUUCGCCCCAGAUCAACGUUCCAUUAAGCCUACUCUUGAGAGAGGGGAGCCUGGAUGCUCCCGCCCGUUACUCCCACGGCACGUGAA